GGAUAAUAGAAAAAAUAAAAAAAGGAGUUACAGUUACUGAUUCUGGAAUUCCAGAGGUAAAGACGGCUCCUUUUCCCAAUGGGCUUCAGUCUCAAGCCUUGAGUAAAACAAGUGGAACUGUUGCUCCGGCUUCAAAAAGUAGCUCUUCAUAGGAUGAGGAUUGGGGUCCUGUCUCAAAAGGACCUAUCGCUGGAAACCAGCCUUCAACAAGCAAGCCAUUGUAAACUACCUCUGUUUUGAGUAAUCAGCCAAGUCAAUUAACUUCUUUGCAAUCAGAAUCUUCCUUGAUCUCUGCUGUACCUGGUCAGCAAACAACUGCAUCAUGCCCUCCAGUUGACAUAGAAUGGCCUCCUCAGGCAUCUUCAGGUGUAACCCCUCAGUUACGUGAUGCUGAUAAGCAAUUGAACAUGGGAGCAUCAUCUUCUUCAAGUUUUGAUGGUCUAGAUCCUUUUGCUAAUUGGCCUCCAAGACCUAGUGGUACUUCCAGUGCAUCUGGAACUUCUAAUAAUGUUUCGUUGGGAUCAAUGGGAAACAAUUACAGUACCAGCUUGAAUGCGAGCACGCCCAACAGUAUGAACUUCCAAGCUAAUGGAAAUAAUAGCUGGGCCUUCAGCAACCAAAGUUCAUCUGAGCUGUUGAAAUCAAACCAAGGGAUUUCUACAAUGAGUGCUUGUAGUUUGAGUAGUGGUCAUAAUCCUCAGAAUUCAAUUGGUUUCAUGAAACAAAAUCAAGGUAUAUCUACUUUGGGUCCAUAUAAUGAUAAGAAAUCAACAGAUCUUGGAUCAAUAUUUGGUUCCAGCAAAAACGAGCAGCUUGCACCUAAACUUGCUCCGCCACCAUAAACUGCUGUGGGCAGAGGAAGAGGAAUAGGAAGAGGGGCCACUUCUACUUCAAGAUCUACCCAUGCCAAACCACAGUCGGAACAGCCAUCCCUUUUGGACUUGCUGUAAUGGACUGGAUUGCCUCUACCACAUGCAAGGAGGGGUAAGAAAAGAAAGGAGAGGUUCAAGUAGCCAUGAGCCAUUCUAUGCAGUGAGGCAGUUGGAUUUUAUGUUAAAAACGAUGGAUUCUAAGUUCAUUUGGGGCGAGAAUUGUCGAUGGCCAUAGUGAAUGGAUGGCAUGGUGUGUCGAGUGAUUUUUGUGAGUUUGUAGCUUAUUCUGACUGACCCUUUUCUUUUCUUUUUUUGUUAGUCUUUUUUUUUUUUUUUAUAAAUUAUGUUAUGCUGUUUAGUUGGAACAGUUUGGCUUUUUGAUGUUUGGAAAUAGUUUUUGCUGGAAA